AUGACAUCGGACAGUGAUGAUCAAGAUAAAAAAAAUGUUGAGUCCGAACUAGCAGCAAUAAGACAACGAAAAGAACAAGAGGAAUUUCACCAAUCAUGUCUUGCAAAUACUCUGAGAUUAAUAGAAAAUAAACCAAGGUUUUAUAUUGGCAUGCCAAAAGAAAGUUAUUAUUUACUAGGCAUUAUAAAUAAACACACUAGUAUUCCUGUUGAAAAUAUAUUGCUGUGUCUAAAAAAAAUAAGAUUGGACACUAAACUUGUUGAACUUGCUGAUCAGUUUGGCAUGUCAGUUUCUAAUGCUAGCAAAAUCUUUAGCAAAAAUGUGCCAAGCAUUGCAAAGGCUUUACAUUGUUUUAUUAUAAAAUCUAACAAGCAAGCCAUAGAACAGAACUUACCUAUGGCUUUUAGGCAUAAAUACAGAAACAUUAAUUGCAUAAUAGACUGCCUGGAAAUUGAAAUUCAAAAGCCAUUAAAUUCUCUCAACCAGGCUCUAACAUGGUCUAAUUAUAAAAAGGCCAAUACAAUAAAAUACCUUAUAAGUAGCACACCUGAUGGUAUUAUUAACUACAUAUCUCCUGGCUAUGGUGGCAGGAUCACCGAUGUAUGUUUGGUAGAAAACUGCGAAUUUCUAGAUAAUUUGGAACCUGGUGCUAUUGUUCUAGCUGAUAGAGGAUUCAAGCAUAUUGAGCAACUGUUAUUACAAAGGGGAUUUAGUUUAGUGAGACCUCCUAGUGCAUCAGCUAAGUGCAGAUUAACCAAACUUGAAGCACGAAAAACGAAGCAGAUUGCAAGUUUACGGAUACACAUAGAAAGAGUAAUCAGACGACUAAGGGAGUUCUCGAUGCUUAAACCCCAUUCAGUUGUCAAUACUAAUUCAGUUAAGUUCUUGGACGAUUGUGUUAUUAUUGCAUGUGCCUUAAUUAAUUUGCAAGAUUCCUUAAUUAGAAACAUAUAA